AUUGAUUUUCCUUGGUGAAUAAUCGUUGUUUUGAUAUUAUAUGUGGAAUAUAAUUCAGAUAGACUGUUAAAAUAAAUACGGAAUUUACUAAAUAUCGAGCAUGGAGGAUAUGCAAGAAGAAACUCAAUUUGUUGUGGACGAUGUUAGUAAAAUUAUCAAGGAUGCUAUCGAAGCUGCGAUAGGAGGAAAUGUAUAUUCUCAUAGUAAAGUGAAUCAAUGGACGUCAAAUGUUGUUGAAAGCUGUUUAGGACACUUAACGAAACUUCAAAAACCUUAUAAGUACAUAGUUUCUUGUACAAUUAUGCAAAAGAACGGAGCUGGCCUACAUACUGCGAGCUCUUGCUUUUGGGAUAACGCCACUGACGGAAGUUGCACAGUGCGUUGGGAAAAUAAGACAAUGUAUUGUAUCGUGUCAGUGUUUGGUUUAGCCAUUUAAACGAUAAAUUGUAGAACUAUUUUCUUUAUUUUAAAUAUGUACGCAAAUGCAUCCAAUGA